AUGGCGGUGGAGACUCUGUCCCCGGACUGGGAGUUCGACCGCGUAGACGAUGGCUCACAGAAAAUUCAUGCUGAAGUCCAGCUUAAGAAUUAUGGGAAAUUUCUUGAGGAGUAUACCUCUCAAUUGAGAAGAAUUGAGGAUGCACUGGAUGACUCAAUUGGAGAUGUUUGGGAUUUCAAUCUUGAUCCUAUAGCAUUAAAGCUUUUGCCUUAUGAACAGUCUUCCCUUUUGGAACUCAUCAAGACUGAAAACAAGGUCCUAAACAAAGUCAUCACUGUUUAUGCUGCACUUUGUUGUGAAAUCAAGAAAUUAAAAUAUGAGGCUGAAACUAAGUUUUACAAUGGUCUCUUGUUUUAUGGAGAAGGAGCUACAGAUUCCAGCAUGGUGGAAGGUGAUUGUCAAAUUCAAAUGGGGAGAUUUAUUUCAUUCUUACAGGAACUGUCUUGUUUUGUUACGAGGUGCUAUGAAGUGGUGAUGAAUGUAGUCCAUCAGUUGGCUGCCCUGUAUAUCAGUAACAAGAUUGCACCCAAAAUUAUAGAAACAACUGGAGUUCAUUUUCAGACUAUGUAUGAGCACUUGGGAGAGCUGCUAACAGUUUUGCUAACUCUGGAUGAAAUUAUUGAUAAUCACAUCACGUUAAAAGAACACUGGACUAUGUACAAAAGGUUACUGAAAUCUGUCCAUCACAAUCCUUCGAAGUUUGGAAUUCAGGAGGAAAAGCUAAAGCCAUUUGAAAAGUUCUUGCUGAAACUAGAAGGGCAGUUACUUGAUGGAAUGAUAUUUCAGGCCUGUAUAGAACAGCAGUUUGAUUCUCUCAAUGGAGGAGUAUCUGUGUCAAAAAAUAGCACUUUUGCUGAAGAAUUUGCACAUAGUAUUCGCUCAAUUUUUGCAAAUGUAGAAGCCAGACUUGGCGAACCUUCUGAAAUUGAUCAGAGAGACAAGUAUGUGGGAGUUUGUGGACUCUUUGUAUUGCACUUUCAAAUUUUUCGAACCGUUGAUAAAAAGUUUUACAAGUCUUUAUUGGACAUUUGUAAGAAGGUACCAGCCAUCACUCUAACUGCUAAUAUUAUUUGGUUUCCUGAUAAUUUUUUGAUCCAGAAAAUACCAGCAGCUGCCAAACUUCUGGACAAAAAAAGUCUUCAGGCCAUUAAAAUACACAGAGAGACUUUCCUGCAGCAGAAAGCUCAGUCACUUACCAAAGAUGUACAGUCUUACUACGUCUUUGUGAGCUCAUGGAUGAUGAAGAUGGAAUCUAUUUUAUCUAAAGAGCAGAGAAUGGAUAAAUUUGCUGAAGACCUCACCAGUAGAUGUAAUGUUUUUAUACAGGGCUUUUUAUAUGCAUAUAGUAUUAGUACCAUUAUUAAAACCACAAUGAAUCUCUACAUGUCCAUGCAAAAGCCAAUGACCAAAACAUCAGUUAAGGCAUUAUGUAGGCUUGUUGAACUUCUCAAGGCGAUAGAGCAUAUGUUCUACAGGAGAAGCAUGGUUGUGGCUGAUUCAGUCUCACAUAUAACACAGCACCUUCAGCAUCAGGCUCUUAAUUCUAUUUCUGUGGCCAAGAAAAGAGUAAUUUCUGACAAAAAAUAUAGUGAACAGCGUCUUGAUGUGCUCUCUGCUCUAGUUUUGGCUGAAAACACUCUAAAUGGACCAAGCACAAAGCAGCGACGACUUAUUGUUUCUCUGGCGCUGAGUGUGGGCACACAGAUGAAAACAUUUAAAGAUGAAGAACUCUUUCCACUUCAAGUAGUCAUGAAAAAGCUGGAUCUUAUCAGUGAACUUCGAGAAAGAGUCCAGACACAAUGUGAUUGUUGUUUUCUAUACUGGCAUCGAGCUGUCUUCCCAAUUUAUUUAGAUGACGUAUAUGAAAAUGCUGUUGAUGCAGCCAGACUACAUUACAUGUUCAGUGCUUUACGUGACUGUGUACCUGCCAUGAUGCAUGCGAGGCAUUUGGAGUCCUAUGAAAUACUUCUGGAUUGCUAUGACAAGGAAAUUAUGGAAAUUUUAAAUGAGCAUUUGCUGGACAAGUUGUGCAAAGAAAUAGAGAAGGACCUGCGACUUUCUGUGCAUACUCAUUUAAAGCUGGAUGACAGAAACCCUUUCAAAGUUGGCAUGAAAGACCUGGCCCUUUUUUUCUCUCUGAAUCCAAUUCGGUUUUUCAAUCGUUUCAUUGACAUUCGAGCUUAUGUAACUCACUACCUAGACAAGACUUUCUACAAUCUAACGACAGUAGCUCUUCAUGACUGGGCUACUUACAGUGAAAUGAGAAAUUUAGCGACUCAGCGUUAUGGAUUGGUUAUGACAGAGGCCCAUCUUCCUAGUCAGACUUUGGAACAGGGCCUGGAUGUCUUGGAAAUUAUGAGAAACAUUCAUAUAUUUGUAUCUCGAUACCUCUAUAAUCUCAAUAAUCAAAUUUUUAUUGAGCGAACAAGUAAUAACAAACAUUUGAACACUAUUAAUAUUCGGCAUAUUGCUAAUUCAAUUCGAACACACGGCACAGGAAUCAUGAAUACAACAGUCAAUUUCACCUACCAGUUUUUGAAAAAGAAGUUCUAUAUAUUUAGCCAAUUUAUGUAUGAUGAACAUAUCAAAUCCAGAUUGAUUAAAGAUAUUCGGUUUUUCAGGGAAAUCAAGGACCAGAAUGAUCAUAAGUAUCCUUUUGAAAGAGCGGAAAAAUUCAAUCGAGGCAUCAGAAAACUUGGAAUAACCCCGGAGGGACAAAGCUACCUUGAUCAGUUCAGGCAGCUCAUCAGCCAAAUUGGUAAUGCUAUGGGCUAUGUACGAAUGAUAAGAUCUGGUGGUCUUCAUUGUAGCAGCAAUGCCAUUAGAUUUGUACCUGAUCUUGAAGAUAUUGUAAAUUUUGAAGAACUAGUCAAAGAAGAAGGUCUUGCAGAAGAAACAUUAAAAGCAGCAAGGCACUUGGAUUCAGUCCUCAGUGAUCACACACGAAAUUCUGCUGAAGGCACAGAAUAUUUCAAAAUGCUUGUGGAUGUUUUUGCUCCAGAAUUUCGAAGGCCAAAGAAUAUACAUCUCCGAAAUUUCUAUAUCAUUGUUCCCCCUCUGACCCUCAACUUUGUAGAGCAUUCCAUUAGUUGCAAGGAGAAAUUGAAUAAAAAAAAUAAAAUCGGAGCUGCCUUUACUGAUGAUGGAUUUGCCAUGGGGGUGGCUUACAUUCUGAAGCUUUUGGAUCAGUACCAGGAAUUUGACUCGCUUCACUGGUUCCAGUCUGUUAGAGAGAAAUACCUGAAGGAGAUGAGAGCGGUUGCUAAGCAACAGAAUGUACAGUCAACUAGUCAGGAUGAAAAACUACUCCAAACCAUGAAUCUCACUCAGAAACGACUGGAUGUUUAUCUGCAGGAAUUUGAAUUGCUGUAUUUCUCACUGAGCAGUGCAAGAAUUUUCUUCAGGGCUGACAAGACUGCGGCUGAAGAAAACCAAGAAAAGAAAGAGAAAGAAGAAGAGACUAAAAUAAGCAAUGGAGACCUGCCCGACAGCACUGUGUCUGCAGACCCUGUUGUCAAAUGA